CCCAAAUUAGUAAUGCCUUGCAAGCUUUGCAAGGGGCAAAGAGAAAAGAAACAAAAACUAAUGAAAAGGAACGCCGUCAAAUUCUGCAUUCUCAUCCUCUCCCCCCUUGUUCCUUCCCGAUCUCCACCGCAUUCGUCUGUUUUCCCAAUCCAAUUCGGCUUCCUCUCGGCCUCCUGCAGCCUUGUCCUCCUUGUAAGCGGCGCGGGAAUCGGAGACGGCUGUGAGGUGUUGCGGGCGGGAGCCGCAGAGGGAGGAGCUUCUUGCUGAUCGAUCUUUGAGACUUUUAGAUCGGGUGGAGCUUCAAAGGGUAUACAUUGGUCCAACUUGGAAGGGUUGCAAGGGAGAACCUAAUUGCCCUGAUGCAGGGGGAAAGGAGCACUUUCCAACCUUUCUGCGACGUUCUUGAAAUAGAUCAGCCUUCUAGUUCAAGCACUUCUGUUAUGGAUCAACAAAUGCUUUGGAAUGACCUCCCUCUUUCAGUGGAGAACCAGGACUUACGUCACAACCCACUAUCAUCUCGUGAAACCAUCCUAUGCAGAGAAGUGGCUAGCCAAGAAAAUUCCAGCUUGGAUUUCUGGGAUCAAGUUGGUCCUUGCUCUACCAUGCCCUCACUAAAUCAAGGCAGUCCCAGUGAAAUAAUACCUGAAAGUGAUUGGAUGCCUUCUGCUCCUGGUAGAACAGGUGAACCAAGGAUAGUAGACAGUAGAUGUGAAGCAAUGGAUACUCUUUCAUUUGAAACUGAUAAUGCUGACCUCAACAUCAAUCUUGGCAACAAUAGGCAACCAUCUUUUCAGUUUCUUGACGUUAACGAACCCCCCACGGAGAAUGUUGAAAUGAGUAGUCAGUUUCUUGAUAUGCAGCUUCAUUCAGGAUCAAGUAAUGAGGGUUCAUCACCUUGUCAGCAUAUUCCCAUCUCUAGUUCUUCUAGGGCUAUUGAUUUCUUUUCCAAGAAUGAUGGUGGCAAACAAAAAAUAGCAGAAUGCUCUUCACACAAGAGAAAGAAUGUCAAACAAGAUGAUGCGGAAUGCUCAGCAAGUGUACAUUCUACCAUCUUUGGUGAAGGUUCAAAUUGUGCGGGAGAAGAAAUAAAUGUAAGAAUCAGUACGUUACGAAGAGGUGCAACUUCUGAUCGCCAUCAUUAUGUUAGUGCUUCUGGAAACAGUGAAAGCUUUCGGCAGAACAAUCGAAUGAAAAUCAGCCAUGCAAAUGAAACCAAUGAUUUCACACCUGGCCUAUGUCUCCUAGGGAACGGCAUUACUAGUUAUAAUCCUUGGCCUGCCCAACCAUCAUCUGCAACAGCCCCAUCUAAUCAGUCAUAUGAUUCUAGUUAUUUGGGUAGUAAUUUGGGGGCACGUAAGCAACAUAAUCUAUGUACACCACCUGUCGUUUCUUUGGACUUGUAUCCUUUCCCACAAAGUGGAAUUUCCACUACCGAAGUAGGUAGUUCUUCGGGUUCUCCAGCAAUUGCAGUUGAUGGCUCUGUUGUGGAACCGGAUCAGUUACAUGCUCCAAUCAACAUCUCAGAGCAAGUGUCUGUUUCCCCAAUUAGCACUAUGAACAUGAUUCCAGACCAAACCAAUUGGCAUUCAGCCAGUGGCACUACAGUUUUAUCUGGCAAUUCGGUACCUACAUCUCAGGUUGGCACCAAUUUAGGAGUACAUCAAUCAUCAGGAGCAAAUUGGUUAACUCACCAAAACCGACGGCGCAUAUCAGAAGCUGUGCGCAGGAACUUUCUUUCUUCAGGUUCUGAAUGCAGAGGUCAGACCAUCAGCCUUCCUCCACAUCAAAACAAUUCUUCUACACCUCAAGAGGUUGGGCGUCGUCAGUCUGGAGCUGUUUCUCGUGCCCUUCAGCAUCCAUAUUUGAGGUUAAAUAUGUUGCACAGGCAGAAUAGUGGUGCUUUGGGGAUUCCCUUGCCGGCACGUACUCCUGCAGCUGCAAGAGAAAGGAGAAACAGGAUGUCAGAGAUUCGGAAUGUUUUUGACCUCAUCCGUCGGGGCGAUAAUCUACUCCUUCAGGAUGUCUUGCUACUUGAGCAGUCGGCAUUUGUUGGAGGCGCCAAUCUUCUGGACAGGUACCGAGAUAUGCGGUUGGAUGUGGACAAUAUGUCUUAUGAGGAACUGUUGCAACUGGGAGAACGUAUCGGUAGUGUCAACACUGGAUUGAGCGAGGAAAAGAUACUUGAAUGUCUACAACAACAUAAGCAUGUAGCUCUUGCAGCAGAAGCUUCGGAGGAAGUUGAGCCAUGUUGCAUUUGUCGAGAAGAAUAUGUGGAAGGCGAGGAAUUGGGUCGAUUGGACUGUAGCCAUGAUUUCCAUUCAUCGUGCAUCAAGAAAUGGUUGGUUAUAAAAAAUUUGUGCCCCAUCUGUAAAACAACUGCUCUGAGUACGCGAAAGGAGGACGAGAUUCACUGAGCCUCGUAAAGUAAGAUGGUUGGCUUUAGCAAUUUGACCUUCUCUAAUAAAUCAUUACAACGAUGGAAAACAUUUCCUGUAUCCUUGAAUCAUUUCGGUUCCGUUUAUCUUUGUUGUUAGUUUGCAUUCUCGUCUACAAUUGUAGAAGAUAUGGUAUCGGUUGUCAUUCUGUGGUUGAAAUGCAGUGUCCUUGUUUUGUA